GGGUGGAGAGGGUGGAGCGAGGGGUAUGUUGUCCAGCACUCUGGUAUGUGUUCAAUGCAGCAGCAGCAGGUUAUGUUAAGUAUCUUGAAUGCAGUUAAGCUGCAAAAUAAGAAGUGGGGCUGGUGAGGCAGCCUGAAGGACUCGUCAGACUGAUGGGCCUGGUGAGGCAGGCUGAAGGACUCGUCAGAUCGUAGUACCUGUCCCUGAGAACAUGUACAUGUAUUUGUUUCUCUGAGGACAUUUGUUACAGUAGAUCCUUUGCAUUCUUUACAGGAUGGGUGGUAGAGGGGUGGGGGAGGCGGGGGGAGGCGGGGGGGGACGGGKGCAUGUACCUAUCUCUGUCUUUGGAGUGUGCAGGGUUUUCGGGCCGCAUCUGAGUGUGUGCCUGUGUGCACAUGAUUGAUGCUUUGAGUAGCGAAGAGCUUUUGGGGUUGGUAGUUGUGGUGUUAGUUCUCAUGUGGGCACUCGGUGUGGUAUCGAGUGGAUGCAGUACGACAGGGAGGAGCAGUUGCGGAGAGUGCCUGCGAGAUCUACCAUUUGGUAAGGAGGGAGCUUCAUGCGGAGAGUGCCUGUGAAAUGUGGCUGUGGCUACAAGGUAGAUCUACUCGAGCAUUGAAAUGCCGUCAUUGAAGCUAAUAAUGUACUUUUGGGAGGGAACUGCAUGCUAGCUGAAGUUUGCAUCCAAGUGGCUGGGGUAUUCUUUGUAUGCCAAGAAAUCAGAAAUGGAAGUUUCGAUUUUGCGUUGGGGUUCAUCAUUGUGAUGAUUGUAGUUUGACUGGUGACUCGGCAGCACAGCUGCACUCCUGAGCAGCAAUGGCUGCGAGGUUGCAAGCUAUAGACAUGGCGGGCUCUUCUUUCCUAGCCUGGCGCAACUGGGUUCCUUUGGCACGUUUGUUCCUUUGAAAUUGUGGUGUGAAUGGUUGGGAUAGGAAGGGCCCACACCGAGAUGUGGCUGUGGCUACAAGGUAAUGCCCCGUGGCGACACGGCAAUGCUCUUUAUGUCGAAUGGCUGGUGGUGGAUGGCAGGGAGGGAGAAGGGUGGUUCCUUUGCAAUUGUGGUGUGAAUGGUUGGGGCAGGAAGGCUCCGCUCCACACCGAGUUGUGCUUGUGGCUACUGUGAAGCAUUGGGCUAGGAAGGGUCCAUGCCCCGAGAUGUGUCUGCGGCUACGGGGUAGUGCUUGCUUUAUAUUGAAUCUCUGGUGGAUGGCAGGCAGGGAUAAGGGUGAAACAAACAGGUACCUCACUUGUCUGUGUUCCAGGUAGCUGCUAAUUGUCUGCAUGCAUCGGAUGUGGUAUUGGUGAUGGAGAACAUUUGCGAUGAACUAUUUGUUGUAUAGAACGUGUGGCAAAGUUCAUAUUCUGAAACUCGAUCUGCUGGUCGAGUUGUCGCUUCUCCGAUGAGGCUGCUACUUUGUCUGCUACUUUGUCUGUGUGUAGUGCAGAUUCAGUUGUCAAGCCUCUUGCAUGUAUUUGAAUAGUGACAGGACGCCCGUCAGGCCAUUGUGUGAAGGGAGUUGGUCAGCAGUGUGCUAAGAAGAAUGCAAUAUGACAGCAGGUAGUGCGGAUGAUGCAGGUGUAAUUCAUCCUGCGUUCCCUGAGUAUCACUAGGAAUUUGGGCUACAUGUUCCUUGACGGAAGGCUGAGUUUUCCAACCAAACCAGCAGCAGCGCGUUGCGGGUCUCUCUCCAGUAUCAAGCGAUGUUGAGGAUUGUUCUCGCCACGAGCGAACCAUCGUGCAAUGGACGGCUGAGGGAGAACAGCACAAGGAGCACGAUAAAGGAAUCGCAGGUUAUGAUACUUUACAGGUGGGGUUGAACUCUUUAUGUCAUUCGAGAGUUUCCUGUCAUGACUAAUGAGUGACAGAAAUUUUACUGGCAAUGGCAAUCCAGACCCUCGGGCACGAUGUCGGACAGGGAAAUAAUCGUAGGUGAUACUUUACAGUGAGAGCCUAUGGUGAGGAGCAGUAGCCGCAAGGGAUAGGAUCUGGUUGCAGUGUGGGAGCAGAGUCCCUUGUCUGAAGGGAGUGUGUUGUGGAGGUUCUGGAGAUUCGUUGACGAUGCGGCGGAAGUUGGGAAGAGUGCUCGACCAUGGCUCACCUGUGAACACGUACCUCGUUCGUAUAUCGCUUUGGAGGAAAUGAGGAAAGUACUGAGCUCUCCGUCUGAAGAGCGGGAUGGAUACGUCUAUCUAAUCGAAUGAUUGGGACACUAGCUGUUGGGCGUGGGUGUGGCUGCCAGAGGUGGUGUGGUUCCUUGUGUGGUACGGUUCCGGGACCCAGGUCUUGGAAAUCUUACACUCCUGGGCUGUAAUGGACCUAUCUACUGCAACUUCACAACAACAACAACAACAACAACAACAACGACAACAACGACAACAACAGGGCUUCUACUGCAUCCGCGUGGGACGGACAGGGACUAUCUUCUUGAGGUGUGGCCGUCCUUGUGGGAUGGAAGGGGGAGGGACUAUUUUUCUGACCGAUCUAGUUGGUGGAUGUGCAUGGUGUCAGUAUUGGCCAAUGGAGUAAGCAAUGUGGAAACGGAGCGGCUUGGUCAUUAUCAUUUUUCGUUUUUUUUUUUUUUUUCCAUUUUCUGAAGUUCCUUCGUGCAAAUGCUGGGCACUGCCCGGGCAGCUGAACACUUGUCAUUCUGGGAAAUGUGUCUGGCAUGUUGUAUGCGUGUGCAUGCGUUUUGCAGUUACAUAUGAUGAUGAGAAACUGGUAGGAGGUAGAGGAAAGGUGGGAGAAAGGGACGGGGUCAGGACCUACCCAACUGGAUGAUUUAAGCUACUGUUUGCCGGUUUAUUUGCAGACAUGGCGCAGACCAGACAUCUGUGUGGUGUCUGUGAUUUGAGUGAUAUUCGUCAUUGGAGUGUUUCUUCUUGACUCUUAGAGUUGGGUGUUUAUCAUCUGUCCAGUUCUUGGGCAAAUUGAGCUGAUUGCAGAGGCAAGAUACUUUAUUAGAGUUUAAUCCAUCACCUUAUUGCAGGCAGCAGGUGCUCUUGUAUGGGCCAAAAUUGAGACGUUUGUGUACCAUUCAUGUAUGGAUUCCUGAAAGGGGACUCCUCAGUUUGGUUCUCUUUUGGCCUCGUCAGCACACUGAG